GAAGAAGUCAACUGGAUUCUAUACGAAGAAGACACCAUUGUAAGUUUUGAGUCCAAAGUCCACCAACAACUCUCUUCAAAAAGAGAAAAGAAGGGGGAUAAGAGGACCUGUCGCCGGAAGACGAAAGUCAAGAUGGCACCCCUGACCGGCCCUGUAACAACGGGCCUGCAGAUAUUUGCAAUACCCGGUGUAGUCCUCCUCAUUGCGUUCCUGGGCUACGCUUCACAAUGGGUUUUCCACACACCCGACCUCCAACCAGGGCCUCUGUCCAAGAACCAAAUCAUCACCUUUAACCUGCUCCUCCUCAACCUGUGGUGGAACUACUACAAAGCCUGCACCGUCCCGCCAGGAACCUACACCCACGCACGACCGCCGAGCGGUGACGACGACGUCGACGACAAGACGAAAGGGAAGAAGCAAGAAGAUGAGCGGCAGAAACCUAUGACGCCCGCUGCCGGCCAGAGGUGGUGCCGCAAGUGCGACGCGCCCAAGCCUCCCCGUGCCCACCACUGCCGCCACUGCCGCCGCUGUAUCCCCAAAAUGGACCACCACUGCCCGUGGACCGGCAACUGCGUGUCGAUGCAGACGUUUCCCUACUUCUACCGCUUCCUCGUCUCGACCAACCUUGCCCUGUGGUACCUCUCCCGCUUGCUCUACCUGCGCUUCCGCGCCCUCUUCGACGAGCGUAACCUGCCCGCCUACCUCGGCCCCUCGCCCACCCGGAUCGCCCUACUCACCGUCGUGGCCAUUGCCUGCGCCCUCGUUUCCCUCGCCCUCGGCAUCCUGCUGACCACCACCACAAAGGCGUGGCUCUUCAACCGCACCAUGAUAGAGGAUUGGGAGGUGGAGCGCCACGAGAGCCUGGUGGGCAGGCAGGCCCGCGGCGGCUCGACGUGGUGGGCCAGCGAGGAGGAGGAGGGCGGCGAGGAGUCUUCAUCGGAAGAGACUACGACCCCUUCAAACGGGCAGAAGACCCUGCGCCGCGUCGAGUUCCCCUACGACAUUGGGAUCUGGAACAACAUGUGCCAGGCGAUGGGCACACGCAACUUUCUGGCCUGGUUCUGGCCGUUUGCCGGCGGGCCGACCGUGUCGCGGACGGCCGGGUCUGGGGUCGGCUGGGACUGGGAGGAGAACGGAUUCAACGCGCAGGCGGGCAUGUGGCCGCCUCCGGACCCGGACAAGCAGCGCCGCGGCCACUGGAGGGGCAACGCCGACACGGCCGUCAAGUUGCCGACGUACGCCACGCCCGAGGAGGAGAAGGCUGCGUUCAAGGCCAGGCAGGAGAGGGACCAGCGGCUGAGGAGACGGAGGCAGCUGAUGGAGGCUCAGCAGGGCUCGGGUAUCUUUGCAGAGCUGGAGGAAGAUGAGGAGCUCGAGGAUCUCUUCCCUGAACAAAGGAAACGUGAAAAGUACGAGAAAGGGCUAGACGGGGAACCCGGCUGGACCAAUGCUGACGGGGAGCGAUUACGUGACUUUGGCGUUGACGAGGAUUCAGACGAUGUGGUUGAAGAUGACAUCGUCCCCCAUAAUGCGGAUUUUGAUCAUGAUGAAGACGAGGAUGUUCCAUUGGGGGAGCUGUUACGACGUCGGAGGGUCGCGUCUCGAAACCCAGAUACGUAAUGAUACUUAGUACAGUACAGCCUCUAAAUACACAGUCAACUCGGUUGGCGAAAUUUUUGGGUUUCAU